GAUGGAAAAAGUUGAUUUGGUCCUAGUUGGGGCAGAAGGAGUUGUAGAGAGUGGUGGAAUCAUUAAUAAAAGGCGUCAGUUGUCGGGGUAUUCACUCAUUACACCCAUGCUACCCAUGUCAGGAAAUAGAAACUGAAAACGUGCAUUCAAGGUACGUGGUGCUGUGUAAAAUAGAGAUGCGGUGGGAUAAGUUAUGGCUCCUGUUGAGUUUAGUAUUGGUUGUCAUGGCUGUUGGCGCCAUUGGAAGGACUAAGAAAAAUCAUCGACACUUACUGAUAAGAAAGCUUGCCACCGGCGGCAAAAGAUCGGGUGGUUUGACCUGGUGGACCAGCCGUCGCAUGAAAGCUCUUAGAAAAGCACAGGCUGGUCGUCGUUCUCCAUAUCCAUACACGAACCCGUAUCCAGCAUACGCUCCGUCCCCUUCCCCAGCAUCGCCGUCUUUUUACCCCUCGGCCUAUCCUUCUCCGUCUUACGGCUUAUCGCAGUACUCUGAUUAUCCGUCUUCUUUGUAUUCUUCGUACUCCUCGCCGCCCUCGUACCCAGCCUCUCCAUCUUACUACUCGGCUCCUUACCCCGGGUCGGCACCAUACCCCUCAUCAUACCCUUCAAACAUACAAACCCAGCAAUUGUCUUAUUCACCCUCCUCUUCCUCAAGUCCUUACACUAGUGAUCAGUAUCAACAGAUGUCAUAUCCAUACCAAGUCACAUCAAAUGAAGCUGGAUCCAUGGCCAAUUCAGCAGCGUCAUUGAUGGUCCCGGGAUCUGCCUUAAAACCAAGCUAUGACGCCAAAAAGCCGAAACCUAAACCUACUCCUCCAGACAGAACAGAAAAGUUCGAGAUCAAAGGAAGAUUUUUUAAAAGCAUCGGUUGCUGGGCAGAUUCUCCUAAAAACCGUGCUAUGGAGAGUCUGGAGGGCAGGCAUUCCCAUCUCAAACAACAUGACUACAGGAUAAGAAUUAACGCUCUGAUGAAAUGCGCCGAGGCAGCAGAUGAACAAGACUUGAAGUUGUUUGCACUGCAGAACGGUGGACAGUGUUUUGGAGGAAAAAAUGACGAGAACACUUAUCGGAAGCAUGGGCCGAGCGCGGAAUGUCAAGGCGAUGGCGAGGGAGGGCCUUGGAGCAACGAGGUGUAUAGCUUCUUGGAUGAGGAUGAUCAGCCACUGGUGAAACCACCACCGAUAUUAGACAGCAAAAAUGGAUCCAGCAAUGGCUCAAAUACAAUAUGUCCAAACCCCUGCGCAAGUAAUUCAUCCUCGCAACCUGCAAAUCCCGGAUGCAUUUCUCCGCAGCCUGGUGCUGGCCAAAUCUGUGGUGCGGGAUGUUCAAUUCAAAUGCCUGGUUGCCAAGUCAAUAGUGCUAAUGGAACAUCAAAUGGAACAGGGACACCAUCGAAUACUAACCAAAGCCUACCAACCGGCGGGUGUGGCCCGGGUGCAAUUGGAGGAAUGACAUGUCCACCUCAAGUGCCGUCAUCAGGGGUGUGUGGAGGCAUACCUUGUGGUUCUCCUACAGCCAGUGGUGCUAAUGGUACAUCAAAUGGAACAGGGGCACAGAUCAACCAGAGCCAACCAACCGGUGUGUGUAGCCCGGGUGCAACUGGAGGAAUGCCAUGUACACCCCAGAUGACACCAUCAACAGGUUGUGGAAGCAUGGGAAUUGGAACGCCUUGUCCACCCCAGGCCAUGCCUGUAGCAUCUCCUGCCUGUGGAGGAGGAACACCCUGUGUAACUAUUGACACUGGAUGUGUACAGAUAGGUUCUCAGCCAUCAGGAGGGGUACCCUGUCCCGCCCCAGCGCAGGGAAUACCUCCCGGUGGUUGUCCAGGUAUGCCGGGAUCAUCCUGCGUGAUUCAAGGGAAGCUUACAGAAGGAUGCCCUAACGUGACCACCGGUGGAAUCCCUUGUCCACCCGCCGGGAACAUCGCCGGGGGAAACAUUAUACCGGGAAAGGCUGGACUCUUAAUCCCGAUUGGAACAACGAAUGCAAAACCACCGGGUGCGGGUCCGAAUGCUCGACUGGGGCUGCUUCCUCCUACCAAGCCCGCUCCAAAAUGCAAGGCAAAGGCGGAUAUUGUAUUUAUCAUUGAUGGAUCAGGAAGCAUAGAAAUGUACGGGAAAGGAAACUUUAAAAAAGUUCUGGAUUUUGUCAAAGAUCUUACCCGAAGUUUCGAUGUGUCCAAAGAAGGCACUCACGUUGGAAUCGUCCUUUACAGCAGUAAACCCGAGGUUGUGUCAGGGCUUGAUCAACAUUACAGCCUAUCAGAAAUCAUUGCCACGAUUGAAGGAAUCAAGUAUCCUAAGGGAGGAACAAAUACUGGGGAAGCACUUAUGAAAGCCAAAGAAGCUCUAUUUGAUAAAAGCCCCCGGGCAGGUGUUCCCAACAUCGCAUGUGUUAUAACUGACGGCAAGUCACGUGACGACGUCGGUGAUCCAGCCCAGAAGCUCAGGGACUCGGGAGUUACUGUCUUCAGUGUAGGAAUAGGUAAACACUACGAUCUUAAAGAACUGGAAGAUAUGGCUACCGACCCGGAUUCACAACAUGUGUUUAAAGGAGAGUUUGACGCGAUUAGUUCCCAAGUGGAAUCCAUAGUAGAUACGGCAUGCAAAGCCGCUGGGGGAACAAUUCAGCCACAACCGCCUCAGAGCUUGCCGCCGAAACUUCCUCCAGCUGCUGCAGAAACUAAGUGCAAAGCCAAAGUAGACAUUGCUAUCUUGUUGGACGGCUCCGGAAGCAUCGAUUUCCAAAGCCCUGGAAACUUUGAAAAAUGCAAGACGUUCCUCAAAAAUCUCGUCAGCUCCUUCAACGUCGCUAAAGAUGGCACGCAUGUGGGACUUGUAGUGUUUUCCAGCAAUGCUGACAUCAUCUUCAGUUUUGAGAAAUAUCUGGAUGCAAACUCCAUGAUGGCUGCUAUUGACAAGAUCCAAUACCCUGAGCAAGGUACCUACACCGGAAAGGCCCUCGAUCUGGUGCGAACUGGUUUGUUUGAAGUCAGUGCGAGGCAAGGAGUGAGAGAUAUUCUUAUUGUCAUGACUGAUGGAGCCUCUCGGGACACAAUAGAAGAACCUUCAAAGAAACUCCGUGACAUGGGAGUGACGAUCUUCAGCUUGGGGAUUGGUAAAGAAUACAAGAAGGAUGAGCUGGAUGAAAUGGCAACCGACCCAGACUCCGCACAUGUCUUGACAGGAGACUUUGACGAACUUGAUCAAGUACUUCCAAAAAUUAAAAAGCAGAGUUGUACCGGUGAGUAUGCCAGGAGAAGUCAGCUAGCUCCUGACACAAUAGAAGAACCUUCAAAGAAACUCCGUGACAUGGGAGUGACGAUCUUCAGCUUGGGGAUUGGUAAAGAAUACAAGAAGGAUGAGCUGGAUGAAAUGGCAACCGACCCAGACUCCGCACAUGUCUUGACAGGAGACUUUGACGAACUUGAUCAAGUACUUCCAAAAAUUAAAAAGCAGAGUUGUACCGGAGACAGACCAGCUGGCCACUGUAUUUACAAGAGUGACCUAACACGGGACAAGCGAAAACAAAUCAAGCUGGUUGCAGGGUGCAUGGCGUGA